UGCCAUACCAUGCCGAAUUGCCACCAUUGCCAUAACUACAGCUCCCGCUCGUGCCUUCGAAAGUAGGUCGCCGUUAUUGAUUUUUACAUUAUUGGGCGAACAAAAGACAUAACGUUGCUUCAAGUGAUAAUUUAAUUCAAAUUAAUGUGAUACAGCAUAGGAACAGCAGCAAAGAUGCCAGAUGCAGACACUGAAGCUCCCACUGUGGAGAACGUCAGAGUGGUGGUCCGAGUCCGUCCGAUGGACCAGCGCGAGAAACUGGAGAACUCAUACAACUGCGUGUCAGUCGACCCCGUGAACAACACCAUAGCUGUCACGCGUGGGAACAAUGUGAAUCCACCGGAGCCUCCGAGGAUUUACGCUUACGAUGCUGUCUUUGAUAGCAACACUUCUCAGAUGGACAUCUACGUACAAACGGCUAGCCCGAUCGUGGAGGAGGUCCUCAAAGGGUACAACGGGACUAUCUUCGCGUACGGUCAGACGGGUACAGGGAAGACGUACACCAUGGCCGGUAGCAACUCGGCUCCAGAACUGAGGGGGAUAAUACCUAACUCCUUCGCUCAUAUAUUCAGCCAUAUCGCUAAAGCGAAAGAUGAUGUGAAAUUUCUGGUAUGCGUGACCUACUUGGAGAUUUACAACGAGGAAGUCCGUGACCUUCUCGGGAACAACCCCCAUCAGAGUCUGGAGGUCAAGGAGCGACCUGAUAUCGGCGUGUUUGUCAAAGAUCUCACUGGUUACGUUGUCCACAACGCUGACGAAUUGGAAAAGAUAAUGGCGGUCGGCAACAAGAACCGCCAUAUUGGCGCCACCGCCAUGAACACGGAGAGCUCCCGCUCGCACGCCAUUUUCUGCAUCACCGUGGAGUCAUCGAAGAAGGCGGCUGAUGAGAAACUGCACGUUACCAUGGGGAAACUCCAUCUGGUCGACUUGGCGGGUUCCGAACGCCAAAGCAAGACUCAAGCGUCAGGAACGCGCUUGAAGGAGGCAACGAAGAUAAACCAGUCUCUGUCGGUCCUGGGUAAUGUCAUCUCCGCGCUGGUGGACGGGAAGUCCACCCACAUCCCCUACAGGAACAGCAAGCUGACCCGCCUGCUGCAGGACUCCCUGGGGGGGAACUCCAAGACUGUCAUGAUAGCGACAAUAGGACCGGCUGAAUGCAAUUAUGUCGAGACAAUCAGCACUUUGCGCUACGCGAACAGGGCGAAGAACAUUGAGAACAAGACGCACGUGAACACCGAGCCGGGAGACGCGCUUCUCACAAGGUUCCAGCAAGAGAUCGAUCAACUCAAAAAACAGCUGGAGGAAACUACCAACGAAUUGGAGGAGGAAGCCGAAGAGUUGUCCGAGCUGGAGAUGUCUGACAUCUCGGAGUCGGAGCUGGAGGGGCUGGAGCCUGAGGAGAGGAAGAUCAAGAAGAGAGCUUUGAGGGAGCAGAAGGAGAUUCUGAACCGUGAGAAGGCUCACCAGGCGAGGAAGGUUCUGGAGGAGAAGAAGGCUGAACUGCUCAAAACGAAGAAACAACAGGAGGAACUGAAGGAUAAACUGCAGAGGCUGGAGUCCAAGGUCCUGGUGGGCGGGGAGAACCUGCUGGACAAGGCGGACGCCCAGAGGAGGCUGCUGGAGCAGGCGGCCUCCGAGCUGGAGCUGAGGAAGAUGAACGAGGCGAGGCUCCAGGAUCAUCUGAUGAAGAAGGAGGCCGAACGUCUAGACUUAGAAGAACGUUACUCCAGCCUUCAAGAAGAGAAUGCUGCCAAAUCGAGGAAGUUGAAGAGGGCCGUGCAAUUGCUCAACUCGGCCAAAGCCGAGUUGGCUGACCAGCAGCGAGAACAGCAGAGGGAGAUGGAGGGGAUUCUGGACAGUAUCAGGGCACUGAGGCGGGAGCUGCAGCUGGCUGAUAAAGUUCUGGACUCGUAUAUACCUAAGGAGUAUCAGGCGCUGAUCGAGCAGUACGUGCACUGGAACGAGCAGCUGGGCGAGUGGCAGGUCAAGUGUGUGGCCUACACCGGGAACAACAUGAGCGGUCAACCUGCGCAGACGCAUAGACACAUUGAACCGCCGGACUUAUCCGAUCGCUAUCUAUCGUACAACGCGGUGAACGGACGCGCCACGCGGCCCAACACGUCGGCGGUGCCCCGACCGCACACCGCGCUGCGGCAGCGACAGUGACUCUGUGGAUAACUGUCGAUAAAGUGACUUAAACGUGUAACGUAGCGACAUCUGUGUAAAGGCUAUGUUACUAACUACCGUACACUGCGCUGCGUCAGCGACAGUGACUCUGUCGAUACAUACAUAUGGUCACGUCUAUAUCACUCGCGGGGUAGACAGAGCCAACAGUGUUGAAAGGACUGUCGAUAAAGUGACUUUAAUGUGUAACGUAGCGACAUCUGUGUGACGGCUGCGUAACUAACUACCGCAUUGCGUCAGCGACAGUGACUCUGUCGAUAAGGUAACUUUAACGUGUAAUGUAGCGACAUCUGUGUGACGGCUAUGUAACUAACUAGCGCACACCGCGCUGCGUCAGCGACAGUGACUCCGUCGAUAACUGUCGGUAAAGUGACUUUAACGUGUAACGUAGCGACAUCUGUGUGACGGCUAUGUAACUAACUAGCGUCGCUCGCGUGAAUAUAGCGCCGCGUAUGAUAAGCGACGAAUUUUAGUUUAAAGACAUGUAAUUUUUUAAUUUAAUGACAUGUGUAUGUACAUGUAUGUCAAAAACAAGCGAUGAAUUUAGCGCUAUGUUGAAAAAGCGUCUUCCUAAUUAAGCUGAUUAGAAAGAGAUUAGAGCCUAUAUCCCUUAUGGGGUAGACAGAGCCAGCGAUCUUGAAAAGACUGAUAGGCCACGUUCAGCUGUUUGGCUUAAUGAUAGGAUUGAGAUUCAAUUAGUGAUAGGUUGCUAGCACAUCGCCCUAAAAAAGAUCCCAAGUUUGUAAACCUUCCCUUUAUUUUAAUUAAUACACGAGUUUUUUUUCUAUGUUGGGUACCUGUAAGUUUAUAGGUUAAGUCACACGGAUAAGUCGAUAAAGUAACUUUAAUAUUUACGGUGGCGACAUCUGUGUUACGCCACAAGAACUACUUAGUCGUCAACAAGCAUAUAUUUUAAUUUUUCAUUAGGUAGAUGGCGCUACUGUGAAUCAUAUAUCGCUUAUUCUAAAACUAUGCUAGUCACAUUCCUUGUUUUUUUUUUUUAAGUAAGGUUGCAGUAUUAUUGUUUUGCCGAAUUAUUUUUAUUAUUUUUAUAUAUAAUGUAUAAUAACACGUGCAAUGUAUUAUUUUGAAAUAAAGAGUUUGUAAUAA